GAUUCCAUAUUUGCUGUUCGUUGCACUUUGUGCGAUACCAGUGUUCUAUCUGGAAGCGGCACUUGGACAAUUUGGAAGUCUAAGUCCUUUGGCAAUGUGGAAGAUUAGCCCGUUGUUCAAAGGUAUAGGAUAUAGCAUGGUAGCCGUUGGAUUCGUGGCAAACAUUUACUACAACGUAAUUGUAGCCUGGGUAGUCUAUUUCCUCUUUGCUUCGUUUACUUGGACGCUUCCAUGGAGUACAUGUGAUAACUCAUGGAACACGCCUCAAUGUAGCUCAAUACAGGUCAAUACCACAUCAAAUAAAACAGUCGACUAUCUACUAAAAACUUUUACUGCUUAUACUAUAAAGCAGGCAAACUUCUCGGUAAAUGUUGCCAAUGGAAGUGCUUUGGUGAACACUACACAACGACGUGUGUCCCCAAGUGAGGAAUAUUGGAGGUAUAUUUCCAUUUAUGUUUUCUUCAAAAACACAUUCAUUUCCAUCAAUAACACUGAAAUUCGAUCUACAUAAUGCUAUAGUGUCAGGUUGUAUAUUUUCCUAGAUUAUAAUUAUGCUAAUUUUAAGACGUUAUGUCCUCAACAUUACCGAUGGUAUAGACGACAUGGGUUUCGUUCAGUGGAAGCUGUUGCUUUGCCUCGUUGCAGCAUGGGUGAUUGUGUUUCUGUGUCUCAUCAAGGGGCACAAAACAUCUGGCAAAGUUGCUUACUUUACGGCCACCUUUCCAUACGUAGUACUCAUAAUCCUUCUGAUACGUGGUGUGACCCUCCCUG